AAACAUACGCAUGCCCCUGGGAUUUUUCGUUACCCUGUGCAAAGCACACAGAGAAACCUCGUAAAUAACAAAUAAUGUAUAAAAUACGAAAUGUCACCGGCCGGUUCCUAUGCAGACAAACAUUACAGAGAACUACACCAGUUUGCUGUAGAUGUUUACACAGAGAACCAUUAGAUCAGUCAUGGAAGGAGAAAGCAAAGAAGGAAAUCAAAGGAAAAGAUCCAGAUGAUGUACUGAUUUGGAAGACUCCUGAGGGCAUCAAUGUUAAGCCAGUAUACACAAAGAAAGACACAGAACAUGUUGAGAAAGAACUGCCUGGACUAUUUCCUUACACAAGAGGACCCUAUAGCACAAUGUACACAUAUAGACCUUGGACUAUCAGACAGUAUGCAGGAUUCAGUACUGUUGAAGAAAGUAACAAGUUUUACAGAGACAAUAUAGCAGGAGGACAACAAGGUCUAAGUGUGGCAUUUGAUCUUCCAACACAUAGAGGUUAUGAUUCUGACAACCCAAGAGUAGUUGGAGAUGUAGGUAUGGCAGGUGUAGCUAUAGAUUCUGUGGAGGAUACUAAAUUAUUGUUUGAUGGAAUCCCUCUCAAUAAGAUUUCUACAUCCAUGACGAUGAAUGGUGCUGUACUACCUGUUAUGGCAAUGUACAUUGUGGCUGCUGAAGAACAGGGAGCUAAGCAGUCAGAGUUGGCGGGUACAAUACAGAAUGAUAUCCUCAAAGAAUUUAUGGUCAGAAAUACUUAUAUAUUCCCACCAGACCCGUCAAUGAAAAUCAUAGGAGAUAUCUUUAAAUACACAUCAGAGAACAUGCCAAAGUUUAAUUCCAUAUCUAUAUCUGGAUACCACAUGCAAGAAGCUGGUGCAGAUGCAGUUUUGGAAAUGGCUUUUACUUUGGCAGAUGGUUUGCAAUACAUCAAAACAGGUUUAAGCAGAGGUCUUGAUAUCGAUAAGUUUGCUCCACGUUUGUCAUUUUUCUGGGGAGUUGGAAUGAAUUUUUAUAUGGAAAUUGCAAAAAUGAGAGCUGCAAGAAGACUUUGGGCAAACCUAUUAAAAGAAAAGUUCAAUCCAAAGAAUCCUAAAUCUUUAUUGCUACGAACACAUUCACAAACUUCAGGAUGGUCAUUAACAGAACAGGAUCCUUAUAACAAUAUAAUAAGGACCUGUGUAGAGGGAAUGGCUGCAGUGUUUGGUGGAACCCAGUCCUUACAUACUAACUCAUUUGAUGAGGCCUUAGGAUUACCUACUCCAUUCAGUGCUAGAAUUGCUAGAAAUACUCAGAUAAUACUACAAGAAGAAUCUGGUAUCACUAAGGUGGCUGAUCCAUGGGGAGGAUCUUACAUGAUGGAAAGCCUGACAGAAGAAAUCUAUGAGGCAGCACUUAACGUUAUCAAUGAGGUAGAAGAUAUGGGUGGAAUGGCAAAGGCUGUAGCAGCAGGCAUGCCUAAGCUGAGAAUAGAAGAAUGUGCUGCAAAAAGACAGGCUAGAAUCGAUAGUGGUUCAGAGGUGAUUGUUGGUAUAAACAAAUAUAAAUUGGCAGAACAGGGUCAAAUUGAUGUUCUAUGUAUAGAUAAUACUGUGGUCAAACAAAAACAGAUGGAAAGACUGACGAAAGUCAGAGAGACUAGAGAUAAAAAGAAGGCAGAAGAGAGUUUAGAAGCCAUUACCAAAUGUUGUGAGUCAGGUGAUGGGAACUUGUUAGCACUCAGUAUAGAUGCUGCAAGGGCAAGAUGUACAGUAGGCGAAAUAACAGAUGCCAUGGAAAAGAUAUUUGGAAGGCAUGUAGCUAGUGACAGAAUGGUCAGUGGUGCUUAUAAAACUGAGUAUGGCGAUACUGAUGAUAUCUCUAAAGUUAUUAGAAGGGUUGAGCAAUUUGCAGAAAAUGAAGGAAGACGACCCAGAAUAUUGGUGGCUAAGGUUGGACAGGAUGGACAUGACAGAGGUGGAAAGGUCAUAGCCACAGGGUUUGCUGACCUUGGUUUUGAUGUUGAUAUUGGGCCAUUAUUCGCUACUCCAGAAGAAGCAGCACAGCAGGCUGUUGAUGCUGAUGUACAUGUGGUAGGAAUAAGUUCUCUUGCUGCUGGUCAUAAGACUCUUAUUCCUGAUCUUGUAAAAAAGCUGAAAGAGAUGGGAAGACCGGAUAUUUUGAUAGUAGCAGGAGGUGUUAUUCCUCCUCAGGACUAUGACUUCCUGUAUUCUGCUGGUGUAUCAGCCAUCUUUGGACCAGGAACCAGAAUACCAGAUGCUGCUGAAAAUGUGAUAGACAUGCUGGAAAAUGGUGGUCAAAAGAAGAGAAAGCAAACAUCAUAAAAUAGCUUUAGACAGUUUCUGACAACAUUAACUUUAAGCCUUCGUUUCUUCUGAUACAAUGUUAUAAUCUUUAAUCUCAAUGUGAAGAUGCAAAAAAUCAAAAAAAUACAUUCAACAGAAUUAUGACAUUGUAAAUGAAAAGGGGAAAAAAGCCUGUUGAAUGAAAUAUGCUUUCUCCAUGGUGAUAAUUGUAGUAAGAAACUAACAGCUUUGAAUUUCAACAAAUAUGGAUUGUUAGUAUGUUUUAAAUGUGAUGGAAAUUGGAUACUGCUAAUUUUUUAGCAUUUAUUUAAAAAUUCAUAAAUUAGAAUAUGAAAUAAGUGUUACUUAUCUGGUUUAAUGGCAGAAUUCACAAUGAUCAAAAUAUAUGGUUAGAUAAGUUUAACAGGAACUACAUGUCAGAAUUCAGAGUUAAUUGUUUGUUAGUCCUGUCAAAAUUACUACAUAUCCAAUUGAUAUACAUUAUGUAACCCUUUCUCUUUGGUCACGUUUUUGUCUAGUUUCCUUUUACAACAAAUAUAUCUUUGGAAUUAGUUAACCCUAAUUCAAAAGUCAUAGUUGAACUUUGGACUGUAUUGUUAUUUAUAUGUUUAAGUCUUGUGUGUAUGAAGUUGUCAUAAUAAUUCCAAUGUGUUACUGAUGUCUCAUCUUCAGUUAAAAUGAUCAAUUUUACCAUUUUGAUAAUAACUGAACAUAGGACAAAUAUAUGCAAUAGUAGAUACAGAUUGCUAGUUAAGUGUUUUUAUUACUUUGAAUUGUAGUUAUAAAUGAGUGUAAAAAGUUUUAUGGGGUGUAUUUUAGGAAUAUGAUAUAAGGCAUGGAUGGCAUGUAUUGUGUAUUGUACACUAAUUGUUUUCUUAUUAUAGCUAUAUUUUUCUUUGGUAUAUUGUUAUGAUUAUAUUUGUAUGUGAUAUUGAUAUUAAAUGCUUUGUGUUAAA